AUUGUCCUAUUACAAUGGAAUAUUAAUUAUGGCUUGAAACGGCUUAGCAGCCACUGCGCAUAUAGACAGCCAUCAUAUACAAGACAGUCGCAAAAGGACGUAUAUAGCGAUCGAGAACAAAGGUUUGAUGUCAGUUAAUUAAUUAAUAAUUAAUUAAGAACUCGUAACCGACAAUGGGUAUGAACGAAAUCAGUAUAUGGAUAUUAAUUCGCAGAUACGAUUGCCUUGAAUCGGACAGCGACGAGCUUCAGUCAAGCGUACAUCACUUUACCCUAGUACCAAGAUUGACAUUUGAUGACUUAAAAUUGUCUGUAUUUUGUUGGAUCGGUGUUGAGGACGAUGGAAGUAGAGUACUCAAAAUAAGAAAUUAUGAUAAUAAAUUAAUUCCCUUAUCAGCAUUGUUAAAUGGAUCGAAGCAAGAGAAACCUUUCAUCAUAGAUGUUGUAAGAGUUCAUCAAUUUUGUCCUGCUAAGAAACGUUCGGUACCUCCUGGUUAUAUAGAGGCUAUAAAAUCGAAGCUGGGUGACUUGGAGAAGAGAGUAAUACUGGCAGAGAAUUCAUUCCCAGUAGUUACAUCCUCUCAUAUACAAGCUCUAGAAGCAGAAGCAUUCCAGUUAGCGAAUUGUGUGAGUUUCUUGGACCGUAGACUUGAUGAAUUGGCUCCAGCUCAUUGGAAGUCACAAAUUGGCUCUCCAAUUUAAUAAAUGUGAUUAAUAACGCUUCUAAUGAAAAUAUGUUAUCCACAAGACAUAUAAAACAUCUUAGAAGAUGUUCAGGUUUUAGAACAUUAGAAAAAUAGUAAGCAACAACAAAUAUUUAAUGACAUAUACAUUGGAAAGUUGAAUUGUUUGAUGCAACUGUUCCAAGGAUACUUAUAACAUAAUUAAACCCUUCAGCGAAUUAUUGAAGUAUUAUGAAAUAAGAACCAUGUGGGUUUUAGAAUUAUCUUCACCGUUAGUUAACAGAAAUAAUAUGGGCCAAAGAGUACAAAUAAUACAAAAAAUUCCACCUGAAAACAGUACAUUGACGAAACACAGAUAAGAUCUCAAAAAUUACACAAUAAACAAUACAUUCAUAAAGUAAACUUUAUUAUCAUUAAUAAUCAUCUUUUGUACAACUGCUCACACUACAAAGGAAUGUUGAACGUAAAGUCUUACAAGUACAAGAACAACUGUCUUAUAGGAUAAGAAAAAACGAAAGAUAAAUUUUGACAUAUCGUAUCAGCUCCAACAACUUUUUCCACCACCACAUGUCUCAGUGUUCAAACCAGCAUCAUGCUGAUUGGCUAAUAGACCUUUAUUAAACCGCUGGCAGGGAUAGUCCGGCCACAAUAAAUUAUUCAAGAUCACCAGUUUGAAGAAUAAAUUAAAGGAGCUACUUACUACCACAUCCUACGGAUUAUUUAACAAUCACUGGAUAGACGUUACGUUAUAGCUAUUAUUAUAGGCAUAUUCGCAUAUAGUACUAUGUACAAAAAUUCGCCACUGGGAGGACACAGAAAAUUAUAGAAUUGAAUAAUUCAAAAAAUUAAUUAAAUGAGCUGCUAAUUAAUUAAUUAGCUGAGCUGCAUCACAUUAAAAGAAAACAAGACAAUGUCUCUAGCUGAGCUAUUGACAUUGAUAACUAAUAAAUGCAUUCAAUUAUCAGAAAAUCUUAAAGAAACUGUUGACGCAAAUAGUUUCGUAAUGUAGCAUCGAACGUGAUGUUCUGUCGUCAUGCAAGAGUGAUUGUAAAACUAGUAAAAUUGAAAAUAAAAAAAAUAGAGAAAUA